AUUUGACAUCCAAAUGGCAGAUAUUAUGGAACUUGUGAUGGAGACUGGAGUGCACUAGAGUGAAAGCGAAAUUGCUUAAUUUAUUAAAAGAUAUAAUUCAAACAAACAAAAUGUCGAAUAACAAAUAAAUAAUGCCAUGUGAGCACCAGGUACAAGAAAUGCCUGAAAGACAGCUCUUAAAUCAAAGUUGUCUCCAAGAGGGCAAUAUGUCAGUCACAAUGUCAAAACAGACCCUUUCUCAACACUGGAAGGAGUUUGUGUGUGGUGGUGGUUCAGCUUUCUGCAAUAUACUCAUCAGUUAUCCAUUAAACAAGCUCAUAUUUAGACAGAUGAUGCAUGGUGUAGAAGCCACAUUUGCAUUAAACCAACUCCAAAAAGAAGGCUUGGGCUAUCUUUAUAGAGGGAUGUUGCCACCACUGCUGCAGAGGUCUUUAUCUAUGUCUCUUAUGUUUGGUGUCUAUGAUGAAUGCUUAGAACCUCUUUUGGAUAAGGAAAUUAAUCCAUAUGUCUCAAAAACUGUAGCUGGUGUUGUUGCAGGCUGUUUUGAGGCAACACUCAUGCCCUUUGAAAGGCUCCAAACACUGCUUAUACAUCCCAAAUAUCAUAGCAAAUUUAAGAAUACUGCUCAUGCUGCCAGCCAUAUUUCAAAUUUUUAUGGUAUUAAAGAAUUUUAUAGAGGACUUACUCCUAUUUUGCUAAGGAAUGGUCCAUCUAAUGCAUUAUUCUUUAUUAUAAGAGAUGAAAUUAAAAUAAGAAUGCCGAAACAAGAAAGUAUUUUCUAUGACAGUCUACAGAAUUUUAUUGCAGGAGCUUCAAUAGGUGCCUUUUUAAGUACUUUAUUUUACCCAUUAAAUGUUAUAAAAAUUGGAAUGCAAUGUGAACUUGGUGGGCCACACAGAACUAUUCUAUAUGAGUUUAAUUAUAUAUUACGCAAAAGAGGAUCAAAAAUCUCAGUGUUAUUAACAUUUGUAUGGGUAUUCCGAACAGAGUCAGAGAGGCCAAAAUUUCGCGACGACUACCGAUACGAGAAAGCAUUUGAUGCGUUUUACAAGUUGCAUACUGAAGCCGUGGACUGGUACCAAGCUAGAAUACGCUGCGAAGCGGAAGGGUCACAAUUAAUAGUGCCGGAUUCGCUCGACGAAGCAGACAGUAUUCCCCUUCUAAUAGCUCCAAUACUAACAAGAUAUGAAGGAGUAUACGUCGGCAUGCAUGAUUUAUAUUCUGAAAGAUCCUUCGUAACAAUAACAGGUAGUAGUCUUCAGGACACAAUAUUGGAUCUUUUAUGGGAACUAAAACAACCUGUCUACAACGGAGGCCGAUGCGUGGCCAUGCGUCGGAACGGAAGACUCUUUGUGCAUCCCUGUUCUGAUCAUCUGCCAUUCGCUUGCAAAAUUCAAGCUGCCAAUGUUACUUAUUAUCAAGAAUGCGAUACAUACGAUUCGCGCUGGAAAUUGGGACCGAAUAAUACAUGCUAUAUAACGCAUAUAGAGCCCCAAACUUGGUAUGAAGCAUAUUCCACCUGUUUAUCAGCUGGUGGUCAUUUGACAAUACUGGAUAAUAAGGAAGAGGCGGAAUACAUCCGAGAUACAUUCAAGCAAGUCGAUCAGCACAAAACUCCUGGAGACCUAGCGUUUUUAGGUUUUAGCGAUCUUUUUCAACGAUAUCACUAUAGAACUGUGCUAGGUGAAUCAUUAAAUGAGAAACAAGUAGAUUGGGAUUUCAAAUGUCCCGGUAAUUUUACAAAAUUAGAGGACCGGUGUGGGGGUGUACGUCGCAGUGGUCUGUUGUCUACUAACAAUUGUCUAUUGCCGUCUAUGUUCUUCUGUGAAAAACCAGCCAACGGUUCAUUUCGAAUUAAGAGCAGUGUUCGCAAAAGUAUACUCAGAAGCAAAUAUAAGCUACGAGAGUAUUAGCAUUUAAUAAAUAUGUAAUUCAUUUAUUUAUCCUGUGGUUUUUCUUUACAAUGUAAAGUAAUGAAAACAAAAAGUAUAUAAAGUAAAAAGAUUUCAACAAUAGCGUUCAAUAGAAGUCUUGUAAGUCUAAUAUCCUAAAGUCUAUUAAAGACAAUCCGAUUUCACCAUUAAAAUUGAGUUCACAUUUCAUAGCUAAUAGAAUUUAUAGCUUAAAUCCUGAACUAACUUUUGUUAUCAUAAUCAGAGACUAAAAACUCCUCAAAAUUGUUAAACGCAGAAAGUCACAGGUUCAGGAUUUAAAAGCCGUUUAUUAC